CACCCUCAUACACGUUCAGUUAUAGUUUUAGUGCUGUGUGUGACAAAAACGAACAUGUGUACCGCAUUCCGGAUAUACGUUCUAUCAGUUAUCUGUGUCGUAGUUGCCACGGGCAAUGUGCACGGACCUCGAAGAUCCCGUAGGAUGGAGGUCGACGAUUCUGCGCAGAACGAAAUUGACAGUGGGCGAGCUGAAGACAGUUCGUGGUGGUGGACAGCAGAACUCUCUGUUCUACAGAAACUUUACGACGAUUGCAGUGCGCAAAAACAUAUGUCCAUGUGUUUGAAGGGCAAGGCUUUAAUGGCACUCACGAGAGCAGUGGAACAGGAGAGCGUUCAGCUCGCUGAUGGGCUGACGUUGGUGAAGCAAGCUGACGCACCCUCCGCUGUUGCGGAGCCACGCUUCUUCCCUGGUAUGUCCACAGAAGACAAGCUGGAUGCCAUGUUGCGCACGAGGUUCGAGCAAUUAAUGAGCACGCAUACAAUCUCAAUGGAUUUGGCUACGGAAGGCAGGGGUAGAGGUAAAAAAGUUUUACCUUACCUAUUACUCGGUAUUUUCACUACCGUAACGAUCGUGGGAGGAAUGGCACUAAAGACUCUAGCUGCCAUUGCUGGUAAAGCUCUGAUCGCCAGUAAGGUUGCCCUGACUAUUGCUGGUAUCAUCGCUCUGAAGAAACUGUUCAGCCAUGAUGGAGCUCCCGCUGAAACUACCUUCCAAUAUUUAAAUUCGAAGGCGGAACCUGUAUGUGGUGAGGCCAGCGAAAGCAGGCGCGGUGGAUCCGUACUCCUACGGCGAGCAGACGACGGCGAGCGUGUAGCCCUCGUCUCCACGUCGGGAGCCAGCGCGCGGGCACACCGUCACACCGCCACCCAGCAACACUGCCACCACCAGACCAGACCCAGCUCACCACCGCCUGGCGACUCCAUCGCGCCAACACACAAAAUAACCUCAAAACCAAAGUACCGUCCUUCGUGGACAUCCUUCUGCGACUCAAUGGUCGUCCAUCUCGAUUUCAAAUCUAUGCCGCUUUCUUUACACGCUCUAGUGGAGAAGAGUCCGAGAAAUGUGUCUAGAUUUUCCGUUAAUGUGGGCGCUACGGCUAUGAACGUGGAAAGUAGAAAGUUUUAA